AUGGCUUGGCCAAUUUCCUCCAGGGCCGAACUUUCCCUUCCAGACGCCUCCGGUCUAGAAGAAUUUCUCCUGCUCUGCAAUGCCAGACCUGACGACGGACUUCCUCUCGAAGAUACACCAUCACGGAAUGAACAAGGAAUGUCUUCGACCGGAAUGACCAAUUCUCCCCGUCUUUUCUCUCAAGAACAAAUUCCACAAAUUGUCGAACCCCAAUAUCUACACUUGGUGUCCACGCCAGAACAUGAACACGUGGGCUCGCCCCACCCUCAAACUAGGCCAAUCGACUCAACGGACAGUGACCUCUCUGCAGAUCUCCAACGAACUCUUCGACGAAUGUAUCUUGCCGCGAGUGACUGCAGCAACGACUCAUACCGACCUCGGACCAUCCAAGCAAGACCAAGAAAAUCCUCCGCCUCCAAACGCCGUGUAACUCCACGUUCGGAAAAACAUGCUCGAGAACUCGAACUCAACCGGAAAGCCGCCGCAAAGUGUCGAAACCGACAAAAGGCAUUUGUGGAGCACCUGGAAGAACGAUGUCGCGAAGAACAGGAGAAAAUGCGCAUCCAGACCUCGCUUGUCCAUGCUUUACACGACGAAGUGGUCGCGUUGAGAAAUGAGGUCAUGCGUCAGAGUCUCUGUGAAUGCCACUUCUUGGUGGACAGCGGCACCUCGGUCUUGUCAUGA